AUGUUGAAAAACUUAAAUUUCUUGAAUGGAAAUUGGUCUAAAAGACUUUACUCCGCUCAAGCUAUAGCUCCCAAGUCACUAAAAGGGAAAUGGAGAAGUGUGGUGGGUUUGGAGGUACAUGCUCAAAUAUCCAGCGAAUCAAAAUUGUUCUCAGGAAGUGCUGCAGGAUUUGGCGCCCCAUUGAACUCAGCUGUAUCGUAUUUUGAUGCCUCGAUACCGGGAACUUUGCCGGUACUGAAUCGUAAAUGUGUGGAAUUGGGUAUAAAAACUGCCUUGGCACUCGGCUGUAAAAUCAACGAGGUGUCUAUGUUCGAUCGUAAGCAUUAUUUUUAUGCUGAUAUGCCGGCUGGUUAUCAAAUUACCCAACAACGAAAAGCAUUGGCCAACAAUGGCCAAAUUACAUUUCCCGUCAUUGUGCCGGGUAAGAAAAUCUAUCACAAGACUGUACAAUUGCUGCAACUACAAUUGGAACAAGACAGUGGCAAGUCGCUGCAUGAUCAUGAAAUGCGACGUAGCCUUGUUGAUUUGAAUCGUGCCGGUUUGCCACUUAUGGAAUUGGUAUUUGCACCCGAUUUGGAGACGGGCGAAGAGGCUGCCUCCUUAAUUAAGGAAUUAAUAUUGAUACUGCGUCGUUUGAAAACAUGCUCUUGCAAAAUGGAAGAAGGUGCCUUGCGUGUUGAUGCCAACAUCUCCAUACACCAGGAGGGUGAACCCUAUGGAACACGUACUGAAGUAAAAAAUAUAGGGUCGGUACGUAGUAUUUCACAGGCAGUUAGCUAUGAAAUACAACGCCAAUUCGAUGUGGUGUCACAGGGUGGUGUGAUCAUAAACGAAACACGUUCUUGGGAUGCUGAAAAACGUUGCACCAUUGCAAUGCGUGACAAAGAAGUUGUACAAGAUUAUCGUUUCAUGCCAGAACCAAAUCUACCGCCAUUACAUUUAAAUAUGAUCGAUGAAGUGUGCGAUGUAAAUGACCCAGCUUCGUUGGUUUCCGUACCCGCCAUUGCAAAACAAUUGCCGGAAUUACCGGAAGAGACGCGUAAAUAUUUGGUAGAACAGUAUAAAUUAAAUCAGGAAGUUGCUAUUAUAUUGGUGAAUGAACCAAUACUACUUGAACAUUUCUUACAAAUUAUUAAGAACUUGCCGGCCAUACCAACAAAAACUGUUACCAAUUUCCUGAUUAACGAUCUGCUUACCUAUUGUAAUAAAGUUAAUAUCGAUAUAGAGGAGUGCCAUUUGAGCUAUAAUCGCUUAAAGGACAUACUCAAGGCCUUACAUGCCGAAGAAAUCAAUUUACAAGCUGCAAGGAAAUUAAUUGAAUUGUUGCAUGAAUAUCACACCGCCGAAGUGAAUGAGCUCAUAAAAAAACAUAAUUUGGAACAAAUAUCCGACAUCGAAACCAUUAAGAAAUAUUGCCAACAGGCAAUUGAGAAUCAAGCCAAAGCUGUUAAACAAUAUCAAAGUGGCAAGACAAAGGCAUUGUUUGCCAUUGUCGGCGAGGUGGCCAAGUUGUCGGAACAAAAAGCCAAUAUGAAAAUUGUUGUUAAAUGUUUAGAAGAUUUGUUAAAGGAAAAUAAAAAAUAA